AUGGCUAAUCCCACCGUCCUUCCCGUCGCCAGGAUUGUACCCAUUAUGGUUCGUUCAACGGGUGCCACACCGUCCGCGGGCCGGAAUAUCGAUGCUGCGGAGCGUCGUCUGAAGGCACGCCUUCAGAAGUUAAACUGCUAUGCGGCUGAGACCCGAGGGGAUGGAAAUUGCCUGUUCUACUCCCUGUCGGACCAGCUGUACGGCACGCCCAAGCGGCACGACGAAGUUCGUCGGCGCUUGGUAACCCACAUACGCGAGCACCGGGACGCGUUCAUCCAUUUCAUCGAUGUCGGUCCCGACCGCGCUCGUUCCACACGAGGGGCCUCUCGACAAGCGAGCAGGUCCUUCUCCGGAGUUGGCUCCAUGCCUAGCACGGACAAGGUGAGAGCAAAGUUUGACGAUAUGCUCUCGAGGAUGGGCCAGCUCCAGGAGUGGGGAGGGGCGCUCGAACUCCAGGCCUUCUGCCAGGCGUACGUCAGAGACGUCGUCGUGUACCAGGCAGACAACGUGCAGGAGUUCACGAGCAACCUCCACGAUGUGGAUUCUGGACGGAAGACUGUCCAUAUCGCUUUCCACGAGUACCAGCAUUACUCGUCCGUCAGAAGUUUGGAUGGCCCUCGCGAAGGGCACCCAUGCCUCCCGAGGCGACUCGAAGAGAGAGCCGCGGGCUCUCUAGAGGUCAAAGAGGUCAAGCAGGAGAAAGAGGACAGCAAAGCUGUCAAUGUCAAAUGGCAGCCGGUUGCCCCCCAGACCAAAGCUUACACCUCCAUCGAGGGUCAUGGGGACACCGACUCUGCCUUCGCUCGCCUCCUCGAUGGUGACAAUUCGUCGCCAUCUAAGUCGUCGGGCAUGCCGACCACCGACGACUCGGAGAAUUCAAGCACUUUGGGGGCCUCGUCAACGGGUCUUAACCCCGCCACGCGGGCGUUGGGUUCGUCGUCCCGCUCAUCUUCCCGUCAUAGCACGGGCAGCAAGCGAGCCGCCGAUCCCAGCGACUCCGAAGACGAGGACCCGAUUCGCCCUGCCGUCCGCCGCCGCCGCCCUGGUAGAGAUUACAAGCGCCGCAUCCUACCAGAUGUGACUGUUGGACUGUCAGUCAGCAGCGGCCAGGACAUCGACGACGUCAUCUCCAUUCGGUUGAGGGUCGACUCUGAGGCCGCUAUCGAACCCCCACAGCGGCGGCCUCUAACCCCGCCAGAAGAUGACGAUGGCAGUGACGAAGAGAAUUCUCCGGAGGCAACGCGUGAGACCUCUGCGACCUUGGCCGGCACUUCGAGUGACGACGAUGCUUCGAGUGAUGACGGAGCUUCGAGUGAUGGGUACGAGCCGACGGACUCGGAAAGCGAAUGA